GAACCGAGAAGUAGACGGAAGUCGUACACAAUAUCCAUGAAAACAUGCGGACGCAUUGGAGAGAUUGUCAGGCGUGGAAUGAUUUUGGCGUCGGUCUGUCCACCACUAGCAAUGAAGCCGCUAAAUUAUUUGAUGCUGUUUUGACUCAGUAUGUCGGAUGGUACGAUGACGAUAGCUUGGGAGGGCUGGAAAAAUCGGUGGAAAAAAUGAUCGCCACUGACCCCAAUUUCGUGAUGGGUCACGUGAUCAAGAAUGGUCUGGAUGCACUUGGAACUGGGAGAAGUUAUUAUCUGGAUAAGGAAUUUCAGACAGAUAUCCAGACCAUGCUUAAUUUAGAGAACAGCCCUAGUACCCUCCCACGCGAAAAGCAACACAUCAAUGCUGUCAAACUCUGGGCUCAAGGAGAGAUGACGGAUGCCUGCCUGAUCUGGGAGUCUAUUUUGGUUGACAAUCCUUUGGACAUGUUGGCUCUGAAGUUUGCCCAUGAUUCGUAUUUCUACCAGGCUCACCACCCACAGAUGAGGGACAGUAUUGCUAGGGUCAUGCCACACUGGAAAAGCUCUAUGCCACUGUAUAGUUAUCUGUAUGGCAUGCAUGCGUUUGGACUGGAGGAGUGCAAUCAUUAUGAAGAUGCAGAACGUUUGGCUAAAAAGGGUCUGGAACUAAAUCGCAAUGAUUGCUGGUCUACACAUUCGAUGGCGCACGUGCUCGAGAUGACUGGGAGGUCCACGGAGGGGAUCAAAUUUAUGUCAACUACAGAAAAUGAUUGGAAUAUUUGUGCUAUGCUGGCCUGCCACAAUUACUGGCAUUACGGGGUCUAUAAUAUCGAGCAGGGAUUGUAUGACGAGGCAAUGGGUAUCUUUGACACACAGGUUGGACCAAGGGCAGUCAAAAGCGGCGCAAUGCUGGACAUGGUUGAUGCUUGUUCAUUACUUUACAGACUUAACCUGGAGGGGGUAAAUGUGAAAGACAAAUGGAAGGAAUUCAAUGAAAUCUGCAAGGACCAUGCUGAUGAUCAUAUUUUGACAUUCAAUGACGCUCACUUUUUAAUGGCAAGUCUUGGAGCAGAGGAUAAGACAACAACUGAUAAAUUGAUGGCGUCACUGAGGGAAUUUGCAAAUGGAACUGGUAAGGGGGACAACCAGAGAAUCUCCAAAGAGGUUGGGGUCCCAUUGUGUGAAGCUCUGAUUGCAUACGACUCCGGGGAUUUCGCUAAAGCCGUCUCUCUUGUAAAUCCAAUAAGAUACAAAAUAAUAACCAUUGGAGGAAGUCAUGCACAGAGAGACGUCUUCAAUCAGUUUCUGAUCCACGCAGCCCUUCAGUCCCCACAGAAAGAUCACAACAAAUUGGCAAGGUGUCUGCUAGCUGACAGAAAAGCUUUAAAAUCGAAUGCACCGUUGACGGACAGACUCAUAUCAAGAGCUAUGGCGGUCCAUGCAGCUGAUUAAUCCAUUGUCAUUGUCAUUGUUUUGCAACACUUGCAGCUAAAAAUUGGACAAUCUUAUUUUUUUCUUUCUAUAAUAAAUUUUGAGGAUUGUUUCGAAUGGUUCCCAUUGUUUGCUGUACUAAUUGCAACUGUUUGUAAAGUAGUAUAAUGACUAUACCGAUUACAUAGUACUAUUUUUUAUAUUCUUGAAUAUAAGCUAGAGUGUAAAGAUUGUUUAUAUCAACGUUAAAUAAUGAAGUGAUAAAUUGUGUUUAUGUUGUGGUAUCAUACUUUAUAUCAUGUGUAUAUUAUUUACUGUUCCAUUGAUAACCUACGGUGUAUAUAUUUUAGAAAAUGGUCUGGUCGUUGUUGUGAAACGAUUUUAAACGUUGGAUAAUAAAGGGUUUUUCCUGCA